CAGGCGACGGUUGACGUAUCCUUCCCAUUAAUUUAACAGGCUCACCGGAAAGUUUGACGGUAUCACUGUUUUUAAUCUGCCUCAUUCGGGAACGACGAUGUUUUCUACCAGCCCAUCAAUCUCCGUUCAUUUGCUUCGAUAUUCCUUCGCUACUUAGCUCAUCUUAAUUCGUGGAAUUCAUUCAUGCUUUAAUUAUAACGAGUUAUAUACUGCUCCACCUCUAGCUAAAUUUUAAAUGAUUCUACGUAGUUAUGCCGCGCUUUUUUAGUUGAGUAAAGGUUAAGCUACGCGUCGCAAAGCCACAUACAUUGCUAUGUUCAGUAACAACCGUAUAUGGUGUUAUGGCGCCGUGGACGUGAAGGAUGACGAUGGAUUCUUCCGCCACGGCAUGAUAACUGACAUGGACAUGCCGAGAGGCUUUAUCAUUGAUUUCGGAUAUCCCGACCACCAUGCUGAACUAAUCCCUUUUCACCGAUGUUUCGGGAAGAUUUCUCACAAUCGUUUCGCCGCGAGGAACACGGUGCAAAUUUUGUGGCGUGGUUCAGUCAACGAGGCCUACCGCUGGUACCCCGCCAUAGUGAUCGCGGGAUCGUCUUACACCGUCCCUUUUGUCGUGACCCAACGGCACGGCGAAAUCGUGAAGGAAGUGGUGCGCCGCUCUUGGAUGAUGCAAUUAGAAGAGCGACCACCGAUAAAACUGCAGAAAUUUAAUCGGCACAGUUCAUCUGCCGGUUGGAUUGCUACAGUCCUUGGGCAGGCGCGCAGUCGUGAGGAUUUGCAGUUUUGGAAUCGGCAGCAGGGGAUUAGGGACACAACUAUACUCGUGAAGUUGGAGAGAGGGAAACUGAUCUAUAUUAGCUGCUUUCCCGAGGCAUACAGCUUUUGGGAUCCGCUCGAAAUCUUUCAAUCGAUGAUGGCCAAACGGAAAACGGUCAAGGAACUGAAGAAGGCUUCCAAAUCCACGACGCCUUACAACUAUCAAGCCUGUAUAAAUGCUUGUCUGCCAGCGGAAACCUUUCGUCAAAUAUUCUUCUUUCUGGAAUUUCCGGACCAACUGAAUUGCCGCAGAGUCUGCAGUUCGUGGCACCAUAUAUUAACUAGCGCUCCAACAUGUUUGCAGUUGGACUUCAAUCUGCAGAAAAAUAUGUACUGGGCGGAAGGGCUCGCCUUGACCUUCGACAGGAAUAUCAGCCAAUCGACCAGAAACAUUAUAUUAUCGAGUAAUAGCGAGCGCACUUACCACUCUGCCAAUCCCACCGGUAUUCUUAUUGUCUUACUGAAAGCAAAAAACAUUAAAGUGCAGACAAUAACUGUUUCUAACCUUCACAUCUGGGCACCGGAUAUCUUCAGUUGGUCCAGCUCGUCGACGCUGCAAAUUUGAUCAGUUUGGCAGGACAUCUGUGACAAACUGAUCCUGAAGAAUGUGUCUAUGAAAGGACUGAUGUACGUGGACGGCGAGGCGUGCGAUUGUAUCCGGCGAGCUUGCGGUGAAUAUUAUCAGGACAGGUUUUGUUCACCAGGCUGGCCUGACUUGGAUGUGACGAUUAAAGUGGACAGACGCGUAAUUAUUACCAAUGAAAUUGGACCAAUGCUGACGCCGAGACAGUGGCUGGAAGAAAGCUGCCAGCCGAUGAGCGUGGAGAAUCUCCGAAUGCUGCGAAGUCGAGUGGACACUUAUUAUGUACCGAUAAAGGUCAUGUUACAGUUAUUCAGGCAGUGGCAAGAAGGGGAUGUACGUCUGACUGGCGACCUGAGCGAUCCGCUGGCAACAUUACCCAUCCAUACCUUAAGAAAGAUAACCAUGUUCGCACUGCGAUGGUAUCUGGAAAGGGGAAGUUCCAGAAAAUGCCGUAUACAUCUGCAGUGAAGGAAGACACAGAAGACUGACAGGACCUUUACAGGAGUGGCCUCUAAAAUCAUGUGUGUUUUUGGUCUUUGGUUUCCUGCGGCCAUCAAAGCUUUAUGGCCGAUCGUCCAAACAUCCAUGUCGUCAUUACCCCGCAACGGCAACGUUGCCACGGUCUACUUCGGAAGAAUACGGAAUUUUUGCUCUGUAACUUCUGUUAGCAAAUUUUGUAAAGAAUUACUGUACUGACACCCUGCACUCGGAGAAAGUUUUAGCUGUGCAGCCUCGCGUACGUUGUACGACUGCGUUCACUGCUCACAUACACGGCUUGCAACUGCAUGCAGACUGCUGGCUAUUGGCUGAACGCAUUCGGCUUUACUUUCAACUGCAUACAGCACCGUACUGCUCAUACUGUACAAAAAAUCUCCGAGUGCAGGGUGCCAGUACAGUACUAAAUUUUGGUCAAUA